UAUAUAGUACAUAUAAUUCGCUAUACUGAUAACCGUUGAUCACGUUGACAUUCAGGCUUUUAUAUUUUAAAAAUUAAAAUUUAUUUUGAUUGUCAUUUAAAUUAUUAAAAAAAAAACGACUAAAUAAUUACUGUUCAAUUUUCUUCAAAGAAUGUCAAUGAAACAUGGUGAAAAGUGAUCGUCUUAAGAUUAUUUAAUGAUUAAUUAGAGAUAGAAAGAAAGCCGCAGAUUUAUUACUUACAUUGUGAAAAUAAUUCGAAAGUCUACAUCUUGUGAAUCGAAUCACAUGUAAACUCAUCGAUCAAAAGGGAAUGUUUAUUUUGUUUCAUUCUGUCUUUAAGUCUCGAACGGAUAUUGCAAAGGUUAGAUUGAUCGACAAUACGAUUACUUGACGACUUCAUUUUGAAGUAAACACAAUUAAAGUAUAAUGGCGGGUAGUGGAGAACUUUGGGUACAAUGUUUUACUUGUUGUUUAAUGCAACAAGGACCUAGAACACGUAAUGGAAGGCAAAGGUCACAUCAGAGACUAAGGAUAGAUCGUAGCAUGAUAGGAGUACCUACAAAUUUUAGGCAUACUGGACAUAUUAGUAGUGGAGAUCUUGAUAUGAGCAGUGCACAAUUAUCAAAUAUUCAAGCACAAAUGCAAAUGAAAGGAGGCUAUGAUAAUGCAUAUAGUGUUAAGGCAUGUUGAAAAUAAUGCAUUUUGUUGCAAAUUAUUCUCAUAUUAAUAAUUAAAGUAAAUAAUUUUAUAACAGAAA